AUGAUCUUCCCGGCUCUGCUAUCAUCAUCGAACUUUUCAGCUGUACACUCGAUCGAAACAAUGGGACUGCCAAUCACAGUCUCAACAUGCUCACUCAACCAGUGGGCGCUCGACUUUGACGGCAAUCGCGACCGCAUCCUCGAAUCCAUUCGGCUCGCCAAAUCAGCAGGCUCUCGUCUCCGUGUCGGUCCCGAGCUCGAGAUCCCCGGCUAUGGCUGCUUCGACCACUUUCUCGAGCCGGAUACUGUGCUCCACUCUUGGCAGGUGCUCGCCGAGAUCCUCUCCUCCGAUGCUACGCAUGGCAUCCUGUGCGAUGUCGGCAUGCCAGUUCUGCAUCGCUCGACCCUCUACAACUGCAGAGUGCUUCUUCUAGACGGAAAGAUCCUCCACAUUCGUCCAAAGAUGUGGCUUGCAAACGAUGGAAACUAUCGAGAGAUGCGCUACUUCACACCCUGGACACGAACGAAUCACACAGACAGCUUUACGCUUCCUCGUAUCGUUUCCGCCAUCACCGGUCAGCACGAGGUUCCCUUUGGAGAUGCUGUGGUCAAGACAAAGGAUACCGUACUCGGCGUUGAGCUGUGCGAGGAGCUCUUCACCCCGAACUCGCCUCACAUUCGACAGGGUCUGGACGGCGUAGAGAUCUUUACCAAUUCCUCCGCAUCGCACCACGAGCUCAGGAAGCUGUACAGACGGGUCGAGCUCAUCAAGGAAGCAACGCUCAAGCUGGGAGGUAUCUACCUCUACGCCAAUCAGCAAGGUUGCGACGGUGACAGGCUGUACUACGAUGGAUGUCCUUUGAUCGCUCUAAACGGCAGCAUUGUUGCGCAGGGGUCCCAGUUCUCGCUCGACGAUGUGCAGGUCAUCUCUGCAACCGUCGAUCUGGACGACGUACGUGCUCAUCGCAGUGCCAAGAGCAGAGGCAUGCAGGCCGUCAGCGAAGGGAUCGGUGCUGGAUGUCCGCGCAUCAACGUCGACUUCGAAGUGGGAGAGUCGGAAGAAUACGGUUCCAGGACUCCAGGCACUUCGACCCCGGUGAAUGCGAAUGGUUCGAAACCCGGAGAAAAAGAUGACGCGGAACGCCUCUACAAGCGGUACUUUACCCCGCUCAGCCAGCCGAUCGAGGUGCACUACCACUCGCCCGAGGAAGAGAUCGCGCUUGGUCCAGCCUGCUGGCUGUGGGACUAUCUGCGUCGCUCGCGUACCCAGGGCUACUUUGUUCCGCUUUCAGGGGGUAUCGAUUCGUGCGCAACUGCUACGAUCGUGUUUAGCAUGUGCAGGCUCGUCAUUGCCGCCAUUGAUCCAUCCAAUGACUCGUCCUCGACUGCGAAGAAAGCUACGUCGUCGCUCACCACUGACACACGUGCUCAAGUACUCGAAGACGUUCGUCGCAUUUGCAACGAGAAGCAAGGCUCUACAUGGAUCCCUUCCACCCCGCAAGAACUGUGCAACCGUGUGUUUGUGACCUGCUACAUGGGCACCGAAAACUCCUCUGCCGAAACACGACAACGAGCCAAAGAUCUCGCAUCGGACAUUGGUGCCUACCACAUCGAUCUCAACAUGGACAUUGUCAUCCGAGCCAUCAUCGCACUCUUCUCCACCGUCACCGGAUCCACUCCUCGAUUCCGCGUACACGGUGGAACGCCGGCCGAGAACCUUGCACUGCAAAACAUUCAAGCGCGACUCCGCAUGCUGCUCGCCUACAUGUUUGCCCAACUCACCCCUUGGGUCCGAGGCACCUGGGGAGGACUUCUCGUGCUCGGAUCAGCCAAUGUUGACGAAUCACUUCGCGGAUACCUCACCAAAUACGACUGCAGUUCGGCCGACAUAAACCCCAUUGGUGGAAUCUCGAAGACCGAUCUGAAGUCGUUCAUCGCCUACGCACGGGAUGCGUUCUCUCUCCCGAUCCUGCACUCCUUCCUCACCGCCGUCCCCACCGCCGAACUUGAACCCAUCACAGAAACCUACGUCCAAGCGGACGAAGCAGACAUGGGUAUGACCUACGACGAGCUGUCCGUAUUCGGUCGUUUAAGGAAGAAUCUGAAGUGCGGGCCCUACAGCAUGUUCAACAAGUUGCUCCAACAGUGGGGUCCAGAGAUGGGGGCAGAAAAGGUGGCGGAGAAAGUCAAGCGGUUCUGGUUCGAGUAUGCGAGGAACAGGCACAAGAUGACCACGUUGACUCCGAGCUACCAUGCGGAAGGGUACAGUCCGGAUGAUAACAGGUUCGAUCUGAGACCGUUCUUGUAUCCGAGCAGGUUCCCGUUCCAGUUCAGAAAGAUUGACGAGUUGGUCAAGCGAUUGGCGGGCGUCGAGGGGAAUGCAGAGGUGAAGAAGCAAGUGUAG